CAAAUCAGCGGCGCUAACAAGCUAAUUUGAGAGCAAGAACAGCGACCAAUUUAUCACCUUGUAUAACCUAUACAAUAAUAUAUUUGUGAAAAUGGUGCGCACUUGCGACUAUCCAGGCUGUAGCAACAAAGAUGUGGCUGAAUCUCCGCACACAUUUCACCGGUUUCCCGUGACGGACGUGUCACUGAGGAAACUUUGGCUUGUUGCUCUGGGCUUCCAUGUGGACUCCAAACAGGCAAAGGUGAAAAAGCUUCGUGUUUGCAGUGCGCACUUCAGCGACGACGACUAUGUUUCUUCAUGCCCAGGACUGAGGAAGAGACGGGUUUUGAAGAAAGCUGCUGUCCCUGCACCCCAGGUGUCUCCUGGCAAGGGAAAUGCACCUACUCCAGUCUCAGCACGUUCUGAGGUGGAAAAGAGCUCGUGGCCUCAAGCACUCAAGAGCCUUCAGACUCCUCAAGGAUCUGACAUUUUUAGGAGCAGUGAGGUAAUGGUGAGCACACAGUGUUUGCUGGAGCUCUUCCAGUUCUGCUGGCUUUGUCACAAAGAGUGCUGUAUUAUUACCAUUGAGGGCAAUGAGAAGCUGUUUACGGUCACACAGGACUGCCAGAGUUGUAGCUACCACAGAGAUUGGAGGAGUCACCCUCUGUCAGCUGAACCUACACAGGCCUUUCGUGAUGAGGAAGAACAUGCAGUGAAGCUUGAAGAUGAUGAGAUUGUGGUUCAGAUUGUGUCAUCAGAGAACGAGUGCCGUGAGCAGUUGUUUAUCGAAAAGGAUGGGUCCUGUUUAUCUAGUGAUGAUGAAGCAAGCCUGCAGGAAAAGAAAAAGAAAAGAAAGAGGAAGUCUGAUAGUUCAGAUGAAUGGGAGCCAUGUUUAGAUGAAGAGGCCACAGACUCUGAUGUGUCCAUGGAUGAAGACCUGUUCACAGCUUUAAAGGAGGAUGGUCAGGGUAAACUUGUGAUGUGGUGUACACAGUGUGCGACUGAGGCCUCGCUCUCCUGUUCUGUCCUUCGUCACAAAAAAGUGUUCUGCUGUGCUCAGUGCAGUAUAGGUGACAGUGUUCAAACACAUAAUUGUGAAACCCUACCUGUUCAGUUUGAUGAUGAUGCCAGUUUUCAGAUGCAUGUUGAAAAGGAGCACGGAGCCAAACCUUUCAAUAUGCUGUGUCAAGAUUGCGGCGAGUUUGUUAGAGCAGAUCCUGAAUCCAGAGAUUUCAAAGAACAUGAAUGUGAACACAAGUCUAAAUUAAUCAUCUGUUCAGACUGCGGGAAAAGGUUCCUUACUGAAGUUGGCUUAAAGGCACACUACAGUCAGCUCCAUUCAGAUUAUGAUCAUCCGUGUAAAUACUGUCUGAAGGUCUUCAAAACCAAGUCUGCAAAACUGGAACAUGAGCAGACUCAUCCUAAAGAAAAUCAGCCAUACAGCUGUCCAGAUUGUCCGCAGAAGUUUAGCAAGAUUCACAAACGCAAUAAACAUGUCAAGUCCCACCGAGGUCCACAUAAAUAUGUGUGUGGUGUCUGUAAGAAAGGCUUUAAGGACAUCAUCAAGUUAAAACGUCAUAAGCUCGUCCACUCUGGAGAAAAGCCUUUCAAAUGCCAAGUGUGUGACCGUUCCUUUAACCAAAUGGAAAACCUCACUUCCCACAUGCGUGUCCACACUGGAGAGAAACCUUUCUUGUGUGAGCAAUGCGGAGAGUCAUUCAGUCACAACGUCAGCCUGAAGAACCACAAGCAACGACACCAUGACUCGAGUUUGACUCAGGGGAAAGAAGUGCUAUAGUGUGGAGAAUAAGGUGGCUUAUUACUGUGAUGGGGGUUCCAUAGUCAAGCUUUGAUUGCCUUAAUAUAGGUACACACAUUGGAUCAGGUGGCAGUGGGGCAACAAUGCAGUGUUUUUCACUUAACUUUUAACUUCUCUGUGACUUUGGUGCAGGCUCUAAACAGGAACAAUAUCUCUCCAGUAAAAUCCCAAAGACACUGAAGAUCAGUCUGACUUUUCUCAACUGCAGACCAUGAUAUAUUUUGAAGAUUUCUUGUUACAGAUCUUCACGUUGUUUUCUUUUCCCUGUACUAACUUAAUAGUUUUCUAAUCCUAUGUGCACACCAAACACAGCGAGACAUCAGCGUUACUGGAAGCUGCUUACUUUGUAUGAGAGCUAGCGUUUCUGGGUGGCGAGAAGCAGCAUGAUUGUUGGCGGUGUGACUUGGGCAGUGGGGGCAUCAGAAUAAAGUUGAAAUCUAGGCAACUUUAUGGGAGUAAACUAUGACGCAUUUUGGCAGCAACCAAUCGGAAUUUGGAAGUGUUCCGCUCUAAAAAAAAAAAAUACUUCAGAGCAUAGUUGUGUAAAUUUUGGUUCUGUUCAAAGACUUCCCAAGUACCAAUAGAGGAGAAAUGAAUAACUGUGAUGGUUUUCCCCAUUAUUUAUGAUAUGUCCCUGUUUGUGUCCAGGGACAUUAAAAAAAAUUCUGCAUGCUGAAAUUCUACUUGGCUUCAAGAUCCAAGGGAGCUUUAUUGUCAGUACCUCCAUGUACAAGUAUGCCGUGCAUUGAAAUCCCGUUUCCUUCAGAUUACCUAUGGGGCAUUUAUAGAGAAAAUAGAAUAUUACAAAAGAUAAAUAUCUAUAGCUAUAUAUAAGUAGACAUCUAGCUGUCUAAAUAUAGAGCUAUCUAAGUCCAAUUAACAACAUAAAUGACAAUACAAAGAGAGGUGCAAAAUGACAUUGUGCAUUUGUUUGCAAACGGACAAGGAACUGUCAGUUCUUUGGGGGUAACAGUGAGUUGAGGACUCUGACUGCCUGGGGGAAGAAGCUGUUGUAUUGUCUGGCAGUGAUGGUUUGGAUGCUGUGGUACCUUCUGCCAGAUAACAGUGCAUAUGAUGGGUGGGACUCGUCUUGCACUAUGCUGUUGGCACCGCAGAUGAUGUGGUUCUUAUAGAGUUGGGAGAUGGGUGGGAGAGAGACCCCAAUGAUCCUCUCUGCUGUUCUCACUAUCUGCUGCAGGGACUUUUGUUCAGCAGCAUUGCAGUUCCUAAACCAGACGGUGAGCUAACAGCAGAAAACACUCUCUCAGGGAUAUUAAUUUUCCGCGGAAUUCCGUGGAUUUUAUCAACCCAGGGGUCAUUUUUGUGAAUCGUUUAAAUCCGAGGAGAAAAUAUUUAGGGGGGGGUUAGGUAUGUGUUGACCCGGUCAACCAUCGGGAACAAGGCUCUGUUUACAUCGGCAGUUCAGAACGUACACUGUAUUUGAUUGGCCGUUGAGAGAGAAAUAUCGCGAUUUGACCAAUGGUAAACGAGCAUAGAUAGGAAAGGCCAAAAUGUCACAUGUAAGCUUCGUUCUGAUUGGUUCUUCGCAUUUCGCUUUCUUACUCAUUCAACAUGGCGCUCCACGAGGCCGGAGAUUGAGGAUGUAACAGCGAAUAAGAGCUUCAAAAUGGUGAAAAUUAUCACAAAAGAAAACGAAUCGCUUAUUCAGAUUAAUAGGAAUGAUAUCCUAUGUCGUUCCCUCGACUUAUUAAAAUAU